CUAGUGUCGAGCAUGUUGUUGUGCAAGGGUGGCCAACAUGAGUUUCACUAAGGCAUCAAACGCCAAGACGACGCCAAACAAGAUACCUCAACGACACAAGGUGUCUACCUACGAAGUGAAGGCGUCAAGCUAUAAAGGUACUAAGUAGUCUAUAGAUUGGGCUUGCUUUUUAUCAAGUUAAAUUGCAGUAACUAAAGAUUGCGUCAAAAACAUGAUUGUCACGCCGGUGGAAUGUAAGCCGGUUAAACCUGGUAUAACUGAUGUCGAUCAUGAAACGAAUGGAAUACCACCGAUAUGAUCAACGUGAUAUGAUUUCCGACCUCUAACCAAAAUGACGCAGUUUUAGAGAAUUUAAUUAAAAAAAAUAAUUUGUGAUUUGUUAUGAAUUUGAAAGUUAAAUGUUGAUGUUAUUUGUUGGAUUCAAGUAUAAUUUUUUUUCGGUGUUGAUGUUAAAUAUUGUAUUUAAAUUUGAGCAUUUGUUAUGUUAUUUGGAAUGUUGUAUUUAUUUAAAUAUGAAUGUAAAUCAUAAGUAUAUUGUUUGGAAUAUUUUUUUAUAUAACUUAAAGUCAUUUAAUCUUAAUGGAUUUUCACAUUUAUGCAUAUAUAUAUUAUAUUAAACCAACAUAAACCGAUAUCAUACACUUGAUAAACCGGCUCCAUACCGGUCUGACAAGCUUGGCCAAAAACUCUUCCCUCGAAAUUCACAUUAUUCUCCCGCCCUUUACUUUACUUUAGGUCAAGACGUUAAGUCCAUUCGCAGCCGGCCGACAGCCACAACGACGGCGCUUACCAUCACCGCCGUUCGUCUUCGCGUCGCCACUUCGUGGACUCAACGGCCGUCGAGGCACGAUUCCUCUUUUUAGAAGCCAUUAUUCCACUUCAAAACUGCUGCCCCACCUUCUCGAUUAACUUCUAACUGGCCGAAGGUGCGGAUUCUCCCAUUUCUCGCGUUCGUUCGUCAGUUUCUUCGCAAAACUCUUCCCUCCUGCCUUCGAAGCUCGGGGAGAAGGAAACAAAGUUGCAUACUGUUCAUGCUUGUUUUUAUUUAUGAGAGGCUAGGUAUGGCGUGGUGGAAAGGCAUUGAUGAAACUCGUCUCCUCGUUGCACCAGAUCCUGCUGGAAAUGAAACCGGCUCGGGGUGUUUGUUAUCACUUCGGCAUCCAAAAUCAGGGAGCAAGGCUUGCUAUCGUCUUGCUAGUGGAGGACUCCAAGAACUUCACUUGUUUAAGCAGUCGUAUAGAUCUUGGUUUCUAGGAGAUUAUGUUUGUGAAGACGGGGGCAUAUAUUUUGCCACCUCAGUUGAUCCAGUCUUCAUUUUGUUGCCCAUUUUUGAGGAGGCUAGGAUGAAGAAAGGGGAUGAUCUCGGAAAGUUCAGGCCAUUAGAUGAGAUCAUAUUCAUUGAUGGCUAUCCUGGAUAUCAUCAGUUAAUGUCAAUUGCAGAAAACUUUAUGGGAGUAGUUUGUGAAAUCAAAGAAAUUGGAUCUUCAAAGUUCUUUCGACUAGAUGAUUCAAAAGUCUUAGCCUGGCUGCACUGCAAGGUCUCCCAACUAAAACAGACUUUUCCAUCGCUGGAUGAAAAGUAUGCCUCAAUGGACGAGCAGACUACAUUAUCUGAAUCAGUUAAGAUAGUGGGGGAGUACGUGAAGGAUGAGCCUUGGUUGAAGCUCUUGUGCAAACGAUUGAAGAUAGAUUUGAUGGAGUCAACGAAAACAGGGCCGGAUUUUGAGAGUUCUCUAGCCAGUAAAGAAAGCAAGCUACUGCAGCAGAGAUGUGACUCCUUCCAGGAGGGGAUUGGCAACAAAGCGAAGAGAGGUGGAAAGCAGGCGAAGAAGCCUAAGUUGGAGACGCAAUCCCGAAACAUCAAAGAUAUGUUCUCCAAGAAGAAAAGCUAAUGACUCGUUUUUCUGAAGGUCCCAUGUAAUGUUUAAAAUGCAGCAUCUCGUGUCGACUUCUGCUAAUUGGUUUAUACGAGACAGAACUAAGUGACGCAGCCAGCAGUGAUAGUGAAGUUCUGCUAAUUAUUGGAUCAAUGUAUAAUAAUGAACUGAUCAGUCUCAUUGUGGUGUUAACUCUUUCCCGCUGAAUAUUAUUUGUACCGGCUCUUGAGAAACUGAACUACAUUCUCUAAAUUUCCAUUCUAUUGAUAAAGGUGUCCGUACGUUUGGAACGAAAUCAUCAGAACACUCUUUAGUCAUCUCGCUUCGAAGGUGGGAAAUACAUGUUCAAAUCUUCUUACAAAGAUACUAAAAAGAAACCAUUGGCCAAGGUUUUUGGAUACCUCAAAAGAAAUGAAAGCAAUCACAACCGAAUACAUUCUUGUGAUAUGAGCAUGCAUGGCAAGCUUAGAAAAAAGGUUGUGGCAAAUCGUUGAUACGCUUGUAAGAAGGGCAAGAAGGCUCUGUGCUUGUGUUAAUCCAAUAGUGAAGUUAGAUGAUCUCAACCUCGAUGAAAAGAUGAUUGACAUCGCAACAUAAGAUUCGUCAUGGAACCUCCAGUUUCGCGAAUGGUCGUGGGAGAAUCUUUUUUUUUUUUGUGGUUGUUGCUAAAAUACCAUACUAAGGAUAUAACAAAGAGUGGGCCACCAGUUGUGAGGUGAUUGCUUUGGCGCGCUCUAUAGUAAAUAUCUCAUUCUAAGAUAUGAAAGCAUAAUUGGGCAAUUGGCUAUUCACAUUCUCUACCAAAAAUUGUACUAGAAAAUGUAGGAGGUUGAAUAGUUUAUGCUAAAAUUAUGGUUUAACUAUGGUUAAAUCAUUUCAUAUUAUUAAAACUGUUUUUCAUUUGGGGUUCGGAACCCAAUAUUUUCGGCCUGACCUGGCAGUAGGCUACAGUUCCUAAAACAUGGUUCUCCACUUGAUCUCUUAGAACUAAACAAAUCUGAAUUACUUGUCUAAGAAGAUUCAUAACCAUCUAUAUUGUAACAUUAUGUGAUUCCGCCGAGAAGAGAAACCCGACCAGACUUGUAGAAUCCCCGAUAGGGGAAGUUGAGGGAGAGACCGGGGAAUUCCAACAAAAUGACCCCCGAUGGGUGCAUGUAAAUGUCCCGACCGGGAAUUUGGCCCUGCCGAGUUUUGUUACCUUUUUCAUUUAGAUUUUUUUUCUUCUUCUUUUCGGUGUUUUCAUUGGUUUUAUUUUUCAAUACCUAUUUAAAGGAUUGUAAACACAAAUUUAAGGAUUAGAUUUUGUUGAAUAAGAAUUUUACACCGAG